CGUAGAAAAUUUAUUAUACUCGGACAACAGUAUCUAAACAGCUCUCUUAUCAGGUAAAUGUUUUUUCGGAAAAUUGUGUACACCAGACACCAAUUAGUUUAUUUUUUCAUUUGAAGUAAUUUGGUGAUAGUAUUAAAGGUUAAAAUUUUAAAAAAAUCCAGAUUAAAGCAUGUCCCUAAUACCUCAGCAUGAUUUUAAAGCCGAAGAUCUAAUAAGAGAAGGUAGAACUACCAAAUCGAAUGUGGAAGAAAUAAGGAGAUGGUUGUCCUUUAAUACAAAAAUACCUCCAGUAUCAGACGAGCAAAUAGUUUUAUUUUUACUCUCUUGCAAUAAUGAUUUGGAACAAACCAAAUAUACUAUUGAAUCCUUUUUUAAGAUCAAGACCACAUCACCUGAAUUGUUCACGAAUAGGGAUAUUAACUAUAAGGAUGUCAAGUACUCGCAUACAGUAUCUCAUAUAGUGAUGUUUCCCAAACGAACGAAAGAUAACUACAUGGUUGGACUGGGCGUUUUAAAAGAUACAACUUAUUAUAAUUUUUGCAUAGAGCCGCAGAUAAAAUCUCUUUUCGCAGCAAUCGAGGGUCACUUGUACACUAACCCACCAAGCGGACUAAUCUUUAUUAUAGAUGUCAAAGGAGUUGGUAUAAUGCAUCUUACAAGACUUAAACUUGGGCCACUAAAGAAAUUUUUUCAAUACGUACAAGAAGCACUCCCAGUUCAGUUAAAGGAAGUCCAUAUCUUAAAUGCAAAUUAUAUUAUGGAGAAGAUUUUGGCAAUGUGCAAGCCAUUUAUGAAAAAGGAAUUAUUUGACAUGUUAAUAACUCACCCGCCAACUAUAAAUAUGCAGGAUUUCUUCGAAGAUUGCGUUCCAGCUUCAUGUAUGCCUUCCAAUUAUGGAGGAGAAUUAGGUGCUCUUGAUGAAUUACAUGAGGAAUCGAAUAAUUAUCUUGCAAAACUCAAAACAUUUUACGAAAUUGAAGAAAAACAGAUUCAACAGUACAAAAAGGCCUAAUUGUGUUAUAAGGAUAUUGUAGAUUUAUUUAUUAAAAAUCUUAAUUAAAUAA